UAACCCAAAUUCAUCUUCUAGGGCUUUUGGUUCGUUAGAGCAGUGGCGGGAACAUACCAGUGAAAUUUCCCAUCAAAAAUUCAAUUGCGGAACCCUAAGUUCCUAAAAUGUCCUUCUUCAUCGAUGAAUUUCAAGCAGAUUUAGAAGCUCUGCCCAAUAUUCUUCAGAAGAAGUAUGCGUUGAUGCGUGAUCUUGACAAAAGUUUGCAAGAAAUUGUGAGGCAAAAUGAACAACGUUGUGAACAAGAAAUAGAGGAUAUAAAACGAGGAGUAAGGGCAGGAAACAGUACACCGGAUACUUCGCUUAUUAGAUUCUCCGAUGAGGCACUCGAUGAACAAAAGCAUAGCAUUAGGAUUGCGGAUGAAAAGGUUGCCUUGGCAAUUCAGGCAUAUGAUUUGGUUGAUUCACAUAUACAGCAACUUGACCAGUACUUGAAAAAAUCUGGUGAAGAGCUACGGCGUGUGGAAAGAGAGAAUACUGCUGCUACUGCACCUCCCCAAAUUCCUGAUGGUACCACUAAAUCUGGCAGGUCCGAAAGCGGAAGAGGGCGUAAAAAUAGAACACGACUGGCAACAGCAGCGGCUUCUUCUGCAGCAACGGCAGCAAAUCCAACCGGUAUGGAAUUAGACUUGCCAGUGGAUCCUAAUGAGCCGACUUAUUGUUUGUGCAACCAAGUUAGCUAUGGCGAGAUGGUGGCAUGUGAUAACCCUGAUUGCAAGAUAGAGUGGUUCCACUUUGGCUGUGUUGGUCUGAAAGAACGGCCGAAAGGGAAAUGGUAUUGUCCGGAUUGUGCAGCACUGAGAAAUCGUCGUAAAGGAAGGUGAUAAUGAUAUAUAUAUAUAGGGAAGCUUGUGCUGGUGCAGCUAGCAUUGCAUAAUCAUGUUAACGUUUUCAAGCAUCUUUGUUUGCAUUUGGAACUUAAGUGUUCAACUAUUUAUAGCUACUUGGGUGCUUUUGUACCAUUGUCUAAAAGCUUGUUGACU